AUGUUGGCACUAUGGUACUCUUUCCAAUUGAUUCAACACUUCGAUCGCGAUGAAUAUGAACAUAUUCUACAAAUUUCUGAUGUCGUAGAAAAUGACUAUGGAACGUACAUGUGCCGAGUUUCAAAUGGGGUUGGCAAAGCGGAAAUGAUCAUCAGGCUUACACGAACAGGACCCCCACAAGUGCCAACAGCUCUUCAAAAAAUUGCAUCUACGCCAAAAACGUUAUUUAUUGGAUGGGUGCCAGCAUUUGAUGGUGGAUUUGAGCAGACCUUUAUUGUCGAAUACAGGAGCUUGAACCCAUUCAACGAAGGUUUUGGAAAAGAGGGAGUAUCGACCGUAGAGGUGAAAAAUACCUCAAGAAUGGAACAGAUCAAGGAUGACGGUACUGUCACAUGGCUGCUAAGUUACAACCUCACUGGUCUUGCUCCGCUGUCAUCUUACUACUUCCGUAUCCGCUCAAAGAAUAAAAAGGGAUUUUCCGACUUCUCGCAGCUAAUAGUUGCUACAACCAAUGAUGUCAACGAGGAUCCGAAUAUGCUUGCUCCUGCUGCUCUUCGUUUCGAUAGCAUGCGAAAGUCUGUCACCAUUGAGCCUCGUGCUCCUCCUGAUGACUGCACUCUGCUGUAUGUGUCCUCUGGCGAUAGUUGGCGGUCUGCCGGUUGCUUCGCUCCCGACCAGGAAAUCGUCGACGUGCCAGGAGGUGUUCUACUUCGUGCUCGAUUCUGUUCUCGUGAGCAUGCUCUUCGCUGCUCGAAAUUGUCAGCCGUCCUG